AUGGCGUCCUCGUCCUCGUCCCCGAAAACGUUUGCCUCUCCUCCAUCCCAAACCUCUUCGCCGCAAAAUGCUAUAACACGCGAUCGCUCAGUGGGGCGAAAUGUCCACAUCUACGACUUGAACAACCCUACCACCGUAAUUGGCGGCCUACUCCUCCUACCCGGUGUCACAAAUGCCAACUUCUAUGCAAUGAUAGAGAUUAUUGUUAUAUUCGAGGGCCCUUUCUUUCUACAAUAUGAGAACGAAACGAAGAUUGAGAAAGAUGACUAUCCACUUCAACCUGGAAAAUAUUAUAUUAUUGGUUCUUUUCGACUUAACAAUGAGCUAUGGCUCGUCCGGGCAAUUAGCCUAGCUACCGGAAGUCGUAUUACCGCCUUCGCCGAGGCUAUUCGUUUACGAGAUCGUCAAUGUGUUAUAUCUGGACGGCCUGUACCUACAUUUAACGGUAUCGACUUCUGGAGAGGCUUCGAAGCUGCGCAUAUUUUCCCACUCGCCUACGAAGGUGACUGGAUUAAACAGAAUUACGGCCAACUAGUACAAGGGGGAUCUAUUAACUCAGUUCAGAAUGGAUUAUUACUCGACGCCGGUAUUCGUCAACUAUUCGAUUCAUACUCUAUCUCGAUUAAUCCGGAUGACAACUAUAAGAUUAUAGCCUUUGAGCCUACGGGGUACGAUUUUGAAGACAGGCUGUCCUAG